AUGCGGGAGAACAAAGCUGACACUUUCAGUCUUGUUACUGCUCUUGCCCGUUUCGGAGCCGGGAUCGAUCUGACCGAUGAAGAAGAAGCAGCAGUCGCGCCGUUCAAUGUCAGUGAAAGAGCAAAAGGCACGAUCAAGGCCAAAGUGGUGGAGCUCGACGAACAAUACCACGCCUCGAAGGGAAUGUUCUUCCAGCAACAAGCCGUCGACUUGUCGCCCUCCGUCGUGGCGUCGUUUGAUAUCUUGGAGGCUAUGGCCGCAGGGAACCUGCUCUGGGGCAUGUCGAGCCCUCGCUACGACUUGUCCGCCAAGAACCCAUAUGCUGAGUACUACAGGCUUAGAAACGAUGGCGGGGCCCAUUUCUUUGAUGAUUGCACCGAGUCUGAUGAGAUUAUUAGUAACAACACCUUGACCAGAGCGGUCGACCAAGCAUGUAAGGGCGAGAAAGACGUGGCUGUCUCGCAUCGAGCUGCGCUUUGA